AUGAAGAUUUCUUUGUUGACCGCUGUUGGCAUUGUCACAUCUGCCGCCACAUUUGUCCACCCAGGACUUCUCCAUUCUGAAGCAGAUUUCAGUCGCAUCAAGAAGUUUGUUGAUUCUGGUAAAGCACCCUGGUCAGUUGGCUGGGAAAAGCUAGUCGCACGUGCAAACCCAGACUACCAGCCAAGGCCUCAGGAGAUUCUCGUCAGAGGCAGCACGCCAGAGCUUCCGGAGAAUUACGUCCUGCUGUAUCGAGACCUUGCUUCAGCAUACGCUCUUGCUAUUCGUUGGAAGAUCACCCAAGACACAGACUUUGCCGAAGCAGCUGUUUGCAUCGUCGAUGCCUGGGCUGCAAGUCUCACAGAUAUCUGGGGCAACUCCGACAAGUUCUUGGCUGCUGGCAUUUACGGCUACCAGUUUGCAAACGUGGUAGAAAUUCUCCGCACCUAUCCCAGCUGGAAGGGUCUCGAAGCAGCAACCGAAAUGCUUCUUCGCGUCUUCUAUCCCAUGAACCGACGCUUCUUGAUCGAACACAAUGACGCUCAUAUCGAAAACUAUUGGGCAAACUGGGACCAAUGCAACAUUGCAAGCAUGAUGAGCAUCGGUGUCCUAGCCGACAAUCAUACCAUCUGGGACGAAGCGGUCGAAUACUUCAAGCAUGGUGCAGGAAACGGUGCUAUUGAGAAAGCUAUCUGGGCUAUUCAUACAGAAGAAGGCACUGGCAAGAAGUUGGGGCAGAACCAGGAAGCAGGCAGGGACCAAGGCCACGCCACCCUCGACUUCGCCUUGCUGGGCGUGAUUGCUCAGCAGGCCCAUAACCAAGGUGAAGACCUGUUUGGAUACUUGGAGAACAGAAUUCUUGCUGGAAUGGAGUAUAUGUCCAAGUACAACGUUGGCGAAGAUGUUCCAUUUACCACCUAUGUCAAUGCAGUCCAUGGCACGCAAACUGGGAUUAGCAGUGCCGGCCGUGGAACCAUUAGGCCGAUGGCGGAACUCUUUGUCGCCCAUUAUGGCUCUCUCAAGGGUCGUGAUGUCAAAUGGACCAAGGCUUACCGAGAUCUUGUCAUUGAGAAAAGCGGCGGAGCUGAGGGUGGAGGAGGUGACUAUGGAACCACGAGCGGUGGUUAUGAUCAGCUUGGUUUUGGAACCCUGUUGUAUCGCCUCGAGGCGUAA